AUGGUGGGCAUGGUGGUUGCUGAUACCAGGCUGUUUGGCGUCGUGGACGCGAUACGUCGAAGAUGUGUGGAAAACUGCCUGGCGUCAAACUACACGAAACCCGGUUAUUGCCCCGAGAGAAUGUCCAUGACGCCCUUUGAAGCCGCUUGCUUGGUCGCCUGCGUUGAUGACUCUCGCUGCCCGGAUUUGGCCAAGUGUUGCUCCCAUGAUUGCGGUGUCACGUGCAUGCAUCCUGUUGGUCUAGACGAUCGAAACGAUCUACCAGCCGUGCCGGAGAAUCUGCAGAUACGACAGCAAGCGAGCAACCUGGUGCUUCUGACGUGGCGCAACGGCAGAUCGAGUGCCAGUAACGCGUCUGCCAACAAUGACGGCGGGGAUGUUCGAUAUCUCGUGGAGGAGCGUCAUUUGGUCGGUCCUAGGUAUCUGGAAUCAAGGCUAGGUUCCUGGACCGUGUGCCACGUGUCAACGAAGCCGCAUGCGACCCUCCGAGGCCGACUGAAGACGGGUCACUGGUAUCAGUUUCGUGUGGCAGCCGUCAAUGCAAACGGAUCGCGCGGGUAUUCGCAACCCUCUAGGCCCUUCAAAACUAAAGAGCCACGAAAUCCGAAGGAGCCACAGAACUUGACGUUGUCUAAUGCGCGCCUCGUCGGCGGAAAGCUGCGAAUUAAUUUGCGGUGGGUGAAACCAGCGUCGGAUGUGCCGAUCUCGUUCUACAAAGUAUUCUGGAGUAGACUCAUCUACGGACCUGCAAACGACUCUAUCCUCGUGUAUCACAAAACGGUUCUUAAGGACAAGACGUGUUACGAGCUGAAGAACCUGGAACUCAAGUGCCAGUACUUUCUGCAGGUGCAGGCGGUAGCGGUUUACGGUGGUCGGCGUCUGACGUCGCGCAAGGCAUCCAAGGUCUUCAACAGUACCGAUUACAUGGCGUACGCCGACGUCGGGAGACGUUCUCGCAGAUGCGAGCGUACCCAGGCCGGUCUUCACGUGCGUCGCAUGAACUGUCAUUGCGGGGAUGUCAAGGCACGUCUGGUUUGGCCGGCAAGCAGUGACUCCAGCAUGUACAAUGUCACCUGGCGAGAGGAAACCUGCAUGCGCGAAAAAGGUCCAGGACGUCGGCGGAAAUCCGCCGCCUGGAAGGUGGUGCAGACGUCGCACUACGACCUGCGGCAGCUACGAAACGACUGCACGUACAGCGCAAAUGUGCGAAACAUGCGAAAGAGCGACAAUGACGACCACGGCAUCAGCAUAGAGUUCUUCGCGACCGGAUGUCGAGACGAUCAGAAAUGGCGGAAGCACCCGCGACGAAAGACCAUGCGAUGUAAGACGACAUCGUCGAGGUCCAAGAGACACUUUUCCGAUCUGGUUGUAAUAUAACUUUAUCCGCACAAUGAAGAAUGUCAAGCAGAAGAGUAAAGUAUAAUAUCUAUAUAAUUCAUUAAAAAGUGGCAUCACGUUCGAUAUCGCAGAAUAUUCCUAAUGCCAUGGACAUCAUUCCAUUGGAAGAUUGCCGAUCGACACAAUCAUAUUUCUUACUUUUCAUCCCGAUGCUAAAUAAGAUGUUAAUUUUUUUUCUUUACAAAGAACGAAUUUUAAUAAGGAAGUAAAAGUAUAAUAGAUUGAUAAUGUUACUUGUACGCUUUGAUAAUACACAAAUCUGAAUUUACGUAGAUUAAGUCUGUACGAAUAAGUUAUUUUUUUAUGAAGUCAAGUUUAUUGACACAUGUCUUACUUGUUCGACUUCUGCAGAGCAAACUGACGAUAUUUAUUCUUUACUUAAGAAUAUGGUGUAACUGAUUUUAUGUAGUGAAUUAUAUUUUUAUGAGCUAUAAAGUGAUUUUUAUAAAAAUCUGUUUAUGUUACUUGGCA